AAAAAAACCCAUUAUUAUUAUUAUUAUUAAAUAAAUAAAAAAGAUGGGUAUGAAGAGUAAAUCAAACAGGCUGCCGCAAGCAGUAUUACUGAAGCAAAUCUUGAAAAGGUGUUCGAGUCUGGGCAAGAAAAAUGGGUACGAUGAUGAGUGCAGUCUGCCGGAAGACGUGCCGAAAGGACACUUCGCCGUAUACGUGGGUCAAAACCGAAGCAGAUAUAUUGUGCCCAUUUCCUUUUUGACCCACCCGGAAUUUCAGUGCCUGCUCCGACGAGCCGAAGAGGAGUUCGGGUUUGACCAUGAAAUGGGUCUCACUCUUCCCUGUGAAGAAGUUGUUUUCCGAUCACUUACUUCCAUGCUCCGAUGAGUGAGAAACAAGAGAGAGAAAAAAAUUUAAAUUGGAGAGAGAUGGUGUCAAGAUGAAAUUAGCAGGCAUGCAAUUUUUUUGUGUGGGCUUUUUUGUCUUUUUUUAAACAUCUGUCUUUGAAUUAGUGGUGUUUUUUUUUUUAGCUAUGUUUUGAGCCCAUUUUGUGGGUGUGUUUGUAAGUGACAUAGCUACUAGGUAUCUAAUUAUUAUAUAUAUGUAUAACCUACGGCCCAUGUAAUAAAUAUUUUAAUUUGUGGGUUGAUUUGUAAACAAAGGUGGUUUGUAAUUUGUAUGUAAUUUUCCUCAUAGAGUUGUUGCUUAAUGCUUACACCCUAUUGAGAGAAUUUAUUUAACCAAGUUUUUAAUGUUCUUU